UCCAAAUAUAUACAAGCUAAGAAUAUAAUUCUCUCAUUGCUACCUAUCUAGGUUGCCUUAUUAUUGGUCAUUUCAUUUUCAUAAUGGGGGGCAACUUGGUCAUUGCAUACAUUAUUUUAUCCUUGUAUUCUCUCUUCAUUAUUGUGCAUGGCACUGAUAAUAAGUUAUCAUGCAAUCAAACUCCAUAUCCCAGUCUUUGUAACCAUUACAUUAUUGGCACUACCAAUUAUUCAAUUUCCUCUUCUUAUUAUUCCUUCCAUGACAUGGCCCUUAAGGUCACCAUGGACCAAGCAAUAGUAGCACACAAACUUGUCUCAUCAACCAUGGAAUCCAACCAUUUCAAAGACAAGAGAGCCAAGUCCGCAUGGGAAGAUUGUUUGGAACUCUAUGAGAAUACAAUCUAUCAGCUCAACCGUUCAAUGAGCUCAAACAAUCUAAACGACAGGUUAACAUGGCAAAGUGCUUCUAUUGCCAAUCAACAAACAUGCCAAAACGGUUUUCUUGAUUCUAACCUUUCAUCUCACUACCUAAACUACUUUCCAUCCAUUUCAACCAACUUAUCCAACUUGCUCAGCAACUCUUUGGCCAUUACCAAUACAUUAACGUCCUUCACUUCGUUACCAAAACACCCGGUUGCUCGCGGCGGUCGAAAAUUGCUUUCUUUUAAUGGCUUCCCAGAGUGGCUAUCUCCUUCCGACAGGAGGCUUCUUCAGGAUUUGCCGGGAACGGCGGCACCGAAGGCGGACAUUGUGGUGGCACAGGACGGGAGUGGGAAUUACAAGAGUGUUUCGGAGGGCGUGGGUUCCUUUGAUUCAGCGGUGUCAAGUGAUGGGUUCAUCGCCAGGGACUUAACAAUUGAGAACAGUGCUGGGCCACAGAAGCACCAAGCGGUGGCACUUCUUUCCAGCUCCGAUCACUCCGUCUUCUACCGCUGUAGCUUCAGAGGCUACCAAGACACCUUAUACGUCCUUUCCCAACGCCAAUUCUACCGCGACUGCGACAUCUACGGCACCAUUGACUUCAUCUUCGGUGACGCCGUCGCCCUCUUCCAAAACUGCAACAUCUUCUUGAGAAAACCAAUGACUAAGCAACAGAACGCAGUCACAGCACAAGGGAGAACCGAUCCCAACGAGAACACCGGCAUUGUCAUCCACAACUGCCGCAUCAUGGCGGCUUCAGAUCUGAAGCCAGUUCAGGGAUCUGUGAAGUGCUUCCUCGGGCGGCCGUGGCAGAAGUACUCAAGAACGGUGGUGGUGAAGAGUAGCCUGGACGGUUUGAUUGAAGCGGCAGGGUGGAUGCCAUGGGCGGGAAGCUUUGCCUUGAAUACAUUGUAUUAUGGAGAGUAUAUGAAUAUUGGAGCUGGUGCUAACACUGCAGGGAGGGUUAAAUGGCCUGGCUUUCAUGUUAUUACCAACCCUUCUGAGGCUUUGAAAUUUACUGUUGCUAAUUUCUUGGAUGGUGGAUCCUGGAUUCCUGGCACUGGUGUUCCCUUUGAAACUGGCCUUUGAACUUGUCAAUUUAAUUUCAUUAGUUGUGGGUGUGUCUUGGGUGUCUCUCUGUCUAUAGUGUUAGUUCAAAUUUGUGUUCCCUUAGGACAGGGGAGUGAUUGGGAAAAUGUGUAUAGGAUUAAUAUGUUGUAGGUUCAAAGUCUUCAAUUUAAUUUCACUAAAUUUGUAAUUAUAUACUUAUUGAAAGAAAUUUUCUAUC